AGUUUCGACGUUUUUUAUUCAGGGAAGGAUAGUCUGCCACGCCAACUCGUGGUCUUUAUGUUUUAUUUAAAGUGUUAACAGUUUUAUGAUGCAAAUAGCGUUGUUAACUUUAUCAUUGUUUAUUGUUACGGAAUGUAAAAUAAAUAAAGCUGCUAAGUCAAAAGACGAAUUAGAACAUUGGAAACCUGAUGUCGAUUUUAUAGAAUUAUUGCAAUCAACAAAAAGAUUUGGAAACCACACCAAAAAAUAUAAAAAAAAUAUACGUCAGAACAAAACGCCUGAAGUCACGAGCAAAUGGCCGAAAAUUCUGCGAAAGCUUACAACAAAAUCAGUGUCAAGAAUGACUAAAUUGCAUAGGAUGCAAGGAGUAGAAGAAACAACGGUUAUCGAUCUACAUGACCUGGACUUCUCCAAUUACAGUCAAUAUCUAAGUGCAUACAGUAUAAAACAGCAGCUAGAAGACAUAGUUGAAGGGAUUCCAGAUGCAAAUGUAACGGUUUCAGUUGUUGGUCGUACCAAGGAAUACCUAGAUCUGGUUCUGCUUAAAAUAACGAAGGACAAAAGCAGAUAUUUUAGGGCUGAUAACGAGAAGUAUGCUGAUGACAAGCCCGAAAAGAAAAUCAUAUUUAUAGUCCAUGGUUUAAGCGUUAUGGGUAUAAAUAGAAUUCCGUGCAUGACAUGGGCACCAUCAUUUCUUACGCUCGUAUCCUAUUAUGUUAAAUAUCUGGAUAAGUUUGACAUAUUUUUGAUACCCAUGGCCAAUCCAGAUGGUUAUGCUUUAGGAAGUUCCUACAAUACUUGGAACAAGAACGCCUCACCACAAAGUGAGUGUGCAGGAGUUGCUUUGGACCGCAAUUUCGAUAUCGCUUGGAAUCCAAAUCAUUCUAUUAGUUCCUGUAGCCAAGAGUAUCCAGGCGCGAUGCCUUUUACAGAAGCAGAAUCCCGGGUCAUACGUGACGUAUUUUAUAAAUACAGUCACAAAAUUGUCGCUUAUUUAAACGUACACGCUGGUACUUACGGCAUUGAUACAUUUAAGGGCGAUGCAGUCCUAUAUCCAAAAGGAUACACUGACUCAAUAACAGAUGAAGAUAAGUUCAUAGAUUUAAAAGGAGAGAUCGACGAGGCAAUUAGAAACGCCAGUUUUCAAGUAUACUCCGUUGCUGUGGAGACUCUAUUUAAUUGGUACGGGAGGAUUACUGGAUCUAGUGUGGAUUAUGCUUCUACGGUGUAUGGAAUACCGUUUGCUCUUGAACUGGUAAUGCAACUGUACGACAACCAAGAUGUAUCAGCAGGUACUGAGAACUACUCGGAUAGUGCUCUUACAGAGGUAUGGAGUAGAGUUAUUGACGUGAUAUUCCGAUAUAUAUUGAAGAGUAUUGACAAAACCAACGAGGUCUGCUGUAUCAGCAGUUUAUAUCGAGGGUUGGAUACUAAAGUUGAGCUCACCCUCGUGUCCUCAUUCCAUAAUAAUCAUCGAAUGAAGCCAAUGUCUUUAUUUAAGGAGACAGGAAUUAUAAUUUUAAUACCAUUACGUUUAUUGAGCAUUUGGCAAGUGGGCUGUAAGAGAGAAGAUAAAUAUGAUGAUUUUGCUCUAAUAAAACUAUAUCCAACAAAGACUCAACAAAUUGAGGCGCUAAGAAGACUCGAAGAUCCUGAACACAAGCUAGAGUUCCUGAAGAAAAGUAGAAGUUUUAACGACAGCACGGAUGUAUUGGUACCGCCUAACGAGAUACCAUAUGUACAAGACUUUAUCAAGACUGAAUACUUAGAUUACGAUGUUAAACCUAAUUAUGGAAGGUUUAUUGAUAGCGCUGAGAGAACGCCAAAGAGGAGAAUUCUGCGAGGGUUUAGCUUAUUCGAAUAUCACUCAUUCCAAGCGAUUCAAGAAUACAUAGACAAUGUUGCGAAACGACACCCUGACUUGGUGACGCUGCAAAACUUAGGUACCAGCUAUCAGGGGCGGCGAAUGAAACUCGUCAAGAUAUCCUCAGACCCCAAUGCCAAUAAUCCCAUUAUAUUUGUUGAUGCUGGCAUCCACGCCCGCGAGUGGGUGGCGCCGGCAAUGGCUCUGUACCUGAUCCACAGAUUGGCCAACGACCCCGAUGCGAGGCAGGAGCUCGAUGGCGUGGACUGGUACAUUUUACCCGUCGUCAAUCCUGAUGGAUAUGAGUACACACGCACUAGUCGAUCAAACCGAUUGUGGAGAAAGACGAGAUCGAAGAAUAAUCUUUUAGGCUGCUUCGGUGUUGACGGAAACAGAAAUUACGGUUUCAAAUGGGCGGUCAGUGGCGUAUCCUCAAACCCCUGUGACACAGAGACAUAUGCUGGCCCUAAGCCCUUCUCAGAAGUAGAGACAGUGAUGGUGCGGAAUAUUAUGAUGGAAAACAGUAAAAGGUUGAAGCUGUAUGUCUCCUUGCAUUCUUAUGGACAGUAUUUGGUGUAUCCUUGGGGUUACACAGGUGAUUAUUUGCCAAAAGAAUGGAAGAAGUUGGAUAGUCUAGCAAGAGAGGUUUCAGAUGCUGUACAAAGAGCAGGGGGGAAGCCUUUCAAAGUUCUGAGUGCUGGAAAAUGGUACCCAGCGGCUGGUGGUAGUGAUGAUUUUGCCUUUGGAGUUGUUGGAGUUCCAUACUCUUAUACCAUGGAACUUACGGAUGGUUACGAAUUUAUAUAUCCCGAAAGGUUAUUGCGUGUUGUUUUACCACAGUUCUAUGAAGGUUUCAAAGCGUUCGCAGGGCAAAUCAGAAAAGAGUUUUCACCAAAAUUCACGGAGCAGAGAUAUAGGAUGAAUGAAUGUGAAAACUGCUAAUUUUUUAUGAUUCAUAAUUUUAAAAUAAAAUAAAGAUUAACAAAUACAUAAAUUGUUAUUUUAAUACAA